AUGGCUGGCCUGGUUAAUGAGACCUCAGGAUCAAGAUCCUCCAUGCUUGAAUUGAUUACAACGCCAGCCGUCUACAAACAACUCUUUCCCAUCACGGCCACAAAGCCGCAUGAGGAGACGAGGAGGAGAAACUCAGCAUCCCCCACCCUGGACCGCCCCGCAGCCCUGCCGGGGAAUCUCCUCAUUGUCGCCGACACCGCCUUUGACCAGCGCCUCCACACCCACAUGUACUUCUGCAUGAGGAACCUGUCCGUCCUCGACAUCUGCUACAUCUCCUUCACCACUCAAAAAUCGAUCCUUAACUCCAUGAUCAUAAACAGAUCCAUCUAUUUCAGAAGAUGUAUGGCACAGGUCUUUUUGGUGGUUCUGUUUGGUGGUUCAGAGCUGUCCGUCCUCAUGGGGAUGCCCUACGACCGCUACGCCGCCAUCUGCCACCCCCUGCGCUAUGAUGUAGUCAUGAAUAGAGUGGCCUGUGAAAGAUGGCUGCCGCCUCCUGGCUCAGCGCGGGGCUGUUUGGGGCCAUGUGCACAGCCGGGGUGUUCACAUUUAGCUUCUAUCUCCUGUUCAGAAACGCACAUUGCCGUUGACGUAAGCCUGGUUAUGGGUAUCGGCUUUGGUUUCUUCUCCUACGUCUCCAUCGUCAUCUCCUACGUCAACAUCUUCUUGGCCGAGCUGAGGCAGUCCUCAGAUCACAUGGUCAAAGACACGGCAGUGAGGGACUUCCUCUGGCUGGGAUUCCCGGAGGUCCGGAAGCUUCAGCUGGUCCAUGCCGCGCUGUUCCUUCUGGUCUACCCGGCGGCCCUAACGGGAAAUCUCCUCAUCGACGUUCCCGUCCACCGAGAGUCGGGCAGUUGGAUGUUCACCCUUUAUUCACUCCACCCGCUGUCCUACACCAGGCACCUGUCCAUCAUCAACCUCUACCUCAGGUCGGUCACCUCCACCAGGCCAUCCACAACUCCCUGA